AUGGCUCACCUUCAGCGCACGGUCGCUGACCUGAAGCAGGCCUGGCUGGGCGACCCGAGUUGUGCUCGGCUGAAAGAGCUGCUGGACAAGAGGGAGGCGCAGCUGAAAAGCUACCGGCUGGCACGACAAGAGAGGCUGCAUGUGAUGGCUGGAAUGAACGAGUUGGUCAUGGGGGAGGUGGCUUCCCCGCACCUGUCUGCAAAAAUCAGAUCCAGGAAGGAAAAGACACAGAUUAAGGAGUUAAGCGCCGGGGGGGUUCUGGUCACUGGAAACAAGGAGAUCCUGAGCGUGGCUUCUCAAUUCUACAGAGAUCUCUUCGGGACGGACAGGCAGAAGGCCUUGACAGACUGGCAGCCGGUUGCUGGAAAGGUCUUGUCGCCAACGGCACGAGUGAGGGUGGCAGCGGAUUGGUCGGAAAAGGAGGUGCAGCAGGCCUUCCGCUCGAUGGCGAAGAACAAGGCUCCGGGCAGGGACGGGUUGCCUAAAGAACUGUUCGAGACGCACAGGGAUGUCCUGGGCAAGCACUUCAUGGGGCUGGUGGAAAGUUUCACCACGUCGUCGUCGAUUCCUGCAAGCACGAAGGACGCGGUCACCAUUUUGUUACACAAAAAGGGCGGCCGUGAUCAAAUCGAGAACUACAGGCCGAUUACUCUUCUGAGCUUCACUUACAAGGUGCUGGCGAGGGUGGUUGCGGAUAGGAUGAAGCGGUUUCUGCAUGAAGUGAUCUCGCCCGAGCAGUAUGGCUUUUUGCCAGGGCGGAGGUUGUCUGAUGCGGUGGGGCUGGUCGCGGAUGUGAUUGAUGCCGCCAAAAAUAAGGAGAAGGACUGGUAUCUCCUGCUUGUGGAUUUCAGGAAGGCGUUUGACUCGGUCUCGAGGAAUUAUCUGUUCACAGUGUUGGAAAGGAUGGGCUUUCCCAGCAGGUUUGUCGGCUGGAUUAGAGGCCUGCACGAGGGAACACAGACGAGGCUGUUAGUUAACGGCUGGCUCGGCGAAGCUGUGGAGGUGGUGUCGGGGGUUAGACAGGGCUGCCCCCUAGCACCUUACCUUUUCUUGUGUGCCGUGGAGCCGCUGGCGCAGGCGGCUGCAACCCGGAAGCUGGGUCUCACGGGUGGGAGUCAGCGGCUGGCCUACCUGGGAUAUGCUGAUGACACGACGCUCCUGCUGCAGGGGGAGGAUCAGAUUGCGGAAGCAGAACAACUGUUAGACGAUUUUGAAAAGGACUCGGGCCUGGCCACGAACAAGGACAAGUCGGCAGUGCUGCCGCUGGGGAGGAACCUGGGCAAGCAGGCUAGCAGAACGGAUGGCUUUAAGUGGGUAAGGGCGGACGAAGCGGAGCGGCUGUUGGGAGUCUGGGUGACACCGUCCGGCAGCUGCGCUCCCACAUGGGAGAAAGCCUUCGCAAAGAUAAAGGAGAAGCUGAGGCAGUGGGAGUCACAGCAUCUCACGACCGGCGCGAGAGCGGCAGUGAUCAACUGUUACAUCUCGCCGAUUAUCUUCUUUCAGGCGCAGGUGUACCCGCCGCCGGUGGACGUAUGGGGGAGGAUCCUGAAACUCACACACAACUUCAUGUCAGGGAACCGCGCGUCGACAGACAAGGGUUUCAUCCUAUGGAGCAGAGAACUGCUGUACAUGGCGAGGGUGGACGGUGGUGUGGGAGUCAUGGAUCCAGAGAUCACCCUCACCUGUCUCACGGCGAGGCGCAUCGGCCUGCUCCUCACGGAGGCGAACGAGCUGAAGCGGGAAAUUAUGCUCGAAGCGGCCGACCUGCCGCUGGGCCUGGACACUUUCGUCUCUCAUGUCAAACUUCUGAAGUGCUGGAGCGGCAAGAGCGAGAGAUGGAAAUUAGCCUGUGGGGACUUUAUGCAGUCACCGCUGGCAGUUACGACGCUGGAACUGUCGCGGGAAGAGGUAGAGAGGGAGCGGCUGGUGUUCAACCGCCAUAUUCUGCUGAACGGCACGACUCCGGUGGGAGGGCAGAAGGCCGCGGCGAAGCUUUGGGAUGUACGGCUGGGGGAUCUACUGUGUCCGGACGGCACGGGGGGCCGGCGCGCCAAGGACGUGAAGUCUCUAGCGAGGGAUCUAGGUGGCUCUAAGCAGGCGAAAUUAGCUCUGCGGGCGUGGGAGGCAGUGCCGCAGAGUUGGAAAUCAGCGCUCCUGUCUGCCGAGCACGCAUUGUUCCCUCGUCCGCCGCUGCGCACCCCACUCCAGAGGACGCCGUUAGUGGAAAAUGGGCAAGUGGUUGCGCUAAGGGAGCUCAAGGGGAUCUGGCAAUGGCAGAAGCAUCAGAUUCAACUGGUGGUGGGUGCGGUCAAACGCGCCAUGCGCAUGCUCAACCCGGGGAGGCAGGUGGCUGAUUUAGGGGAUCUGCUGUUCGGAAAGGCAGCAUCCACCUCAGCUUUCCCAGAGGCGUCGCUGGCUGCCAUUGCGGUGCACCAAAUUUGGGCUGAACGAUGUGACUGCGUGUUUCGGGAGCAGAAAUUCAGGGCUCGGCGCGUUCUCAGGCGCAUUGAGGCAGCAUUUCGGCUGCAUGUGAAGGUGUACACCCGUGCUAUGGGAAGGAAGCUGGGGAAGGCGAGUGGUUCGAAAAGACAAGGGAGUGCCUAUGCGCUGGCAGAGCGGGAGGACCAGCUCCUUGGACACGUCAGGUGCACGGCAGUGAAAGGUUGGAAGUGGACAAGGAAUUUUGGCGCACUUUGGAAUCUUACGAGAGGGGCUUUGCAUCCGCCUUAG